AUGUCUUUAGUGGUCUCUCCAGGCCGCACCGUGGUGGGCGGCCCAAGCCAGAAGAGACUCCUGACUCACGUUUGGAGGCCCGCAGCCUCCCUGAGAGUUGAAGGUUUAGCAGAGCUAGGUGACCAACCAGUUUCACAAAUGAACCGUCUAGCAAAUUUAAGAAGACAUCGCCCCUACUCAGCGGAAAUGGAGUUCAUCCCGUUGCACAAAAAAGGGCGAUCAUCUAUUCCAGGAGAGGAUAACAUGGGUUGUAUGGGAGAUUGUAGCCUAUCUUUACCCGUGGAAAGGAAGGAAGACAAUGCCGGGACCAACCCUGUAGGAACAUCUCUUCAGUCAGCAGCACUCCCUGAACUGCAGCAGCCGGUCCUCAGGGAGAGUCCACCACUGCCCAGAAUUGUCUCCACAUACUCAUUAAGGCCGUGUUUCACACCACACAGCCCGUCUCCUGAGCUUCCUGUUCUAUCCUCCCAUCUCAGUGAAGGUGCCGAAAGUACCAACAAUGUUAUCUCAUCUGCCCAGGCUACUGUAGCAGUACCUAUAGCAGUUCCGCCACAAGGAGAACCCAGUCUGGCAGAUACCUCUGAGACAAUGAACUACUCAACUGUAAUGGGAAAUAACAGCAUGGGCCCAGACACUGCCUUGCCAUUUCUCUGCAUCCCUCCCAAUACUGCUAUGCCAGAAAGAGCAGAAACCAGCCCGGAGAACAACCCUGAGACAAUGAGUUACCCAACUUUAUUGGGAAAUGACAGUGGCCAAUGUUCUUCUUUACCUGUCAACCUCCCACCCAAUUUUGUUGAAAAAUACAUACUUGUAGAAGUUCCAGGAACAGCAGAAACCAGCCUGGAAAACAGCUCUCAGACAACGUAUUACCCAGCUUUACUGGGAAGUAUCAGUGGCCCAGAUACUGACUCUUCAUCUCAUUACCUCCUGUCCAAUUUUGCACUUGAAAAAGUUAUACUUGGAGAAACGCCGGGAAAAGCAGAAACCAGCGUGGAAAACAGCUCUCAGACAAUGUAUUACCCAACUUUGGUGGGAAAUGACAGUGGCCCAGAUGCUGCCUCUUCAACUCUCUCCAUUCUACCCAAUUUUGGUGAGUUUGAAAUGAUAACAUAUCUCAGAAAUGUUGUUAAAAGCUCAAACUACCUAGAAAAGAGCCCUGAGACAACAAAUUAUCCACUUUUAUUGGAAAACAACAGUAGCCAAGAUAUUUCCUCAUUAUGUCACUGAAUUCCUCCCAGUUUUGGAUAUCUUGGUGAUCCAAGAAGAAAUGUCAGAAUGCUUGAUAUUCAUUUGAUGACUGCACAGAAGGAGGCCACACUUAAGCACGCAGCCUGCUACUUGGUUCGUAUUUUGUUCUCCAAGGAAAUCAUGAUUUCCAGCUCUGUAGCUGUCAAUUCCCAAGGCCGCCAACCCCUGGAUCCAAACAAAAUGGCUGCAAUAAGAGAACAUCUGGCAGCAAUUUUUCCCAACCAUGAUUUACGUGAAUGUGGAAAAGACUGGCAAGCCUGUAUUUCCGAUAUCAAUUCUCUGAUCUGCCAUUUAUGUUCCAAAAGAACACCCCAGAAAACUGUUAACAACAAUAUAGAGCCUACCAACCCCGAUACAGAUUCGAAUGAUAAAAGGGAUGGUGAUGACAGUGAAAGUAGUUCCCUGUUAUCUCAGCAAGCAGCUGGCUCAGAAACAAGACAAAAUGGGAAUUCUCAGCAGAACAGCAGUGCUCUCCCUGAAGGAAUUAAACAACCUUCCACUGAUAAUUCAACGGUGUCUUAUGAAACACUGGAAUAUCUUGGAAAUCCGUGUAGAAAUAUACAGAUGCCAAAAUCAGUUCUGAAUAUAGCAAAAGAGAAGUCUCUCCCAGAGCUGUCAGCCAGAUACCUUAUUUGCAACCUGUUCACAGAGGAAGUCCUGAUAAAAAGUAAUGUCUAUGGCAGUCUGCGGUGUGGCACGUGCGCCCUUAAUGCUAAUAAGAUUAACGCUCUCCGAGAGUUUCUCCAAGACAUCUACCCGACUUGUGAUCUAUCAGAAACUGGAUAUGACUGGGAAUUGUGUGUGAAAGCUAUCAAUAGUUGUAUUCGCAGUCUUAGAUAUGACCACAAGAAGUCCACAUCCAAAUCACAGCUGCCUCCAGCAACGACUCCUUCGACAGAGUCAGAGCCAAGAGAUACUGGCUUAGCUGACUGA